AAAUAAAUGAAAUAGCAUACGACUUGGCUUCUUCUGCUCCUACUACUGUUGCUGGAAAUUCUCGAGCUGAUUAUCUCAUUACUGAGGCAACGAAAGUACUCUUUAUUAAUGAAGAAGUAAACCAAAUUCAAGCAAGAAAAUGUAUACUUCGCGAAAUUAAUGGUUACCAUUGUCCUGAGUUCUUUUACCUGGAAAAGGUUCAGAAAAGAUUUAACAAAUAUGUGAAAAAUCUUCGUAUCAAUCGAUACAAACCAAGUUGUGAGUCAUGUAGAAGAACCCCGACCAUUUCUCUCAAUGGAAAAAAUCCAAUACAAGCAAGAGAAUUACUUAUUUGGAUUCAGAGAUCAAUACCGGACAAAUUUUCCUUCUUGCUAAAGGAUAAAGAUGGAAAUACUAAUGUUGUACCACUUAAUCAAUUCUUAAGUCAGCAUAAAAUUACCUCAUUUAUAUUAAGAAAAAUAGGAGCUAAUCAUGCUUCCAGAGUACAUGGAGGUAAGAAUGAUACUGGCCGUCAACAUUUACGACAAUUGGCAUAUAGGCAUAAAAUAGGUCAUGCUUCAUCAGUUGAACAUUAUGGUGUGAUUAAUGAUAGACCAAUUAUUCCAACACCUAAACAAGAAAAUAGUGAAGUCGAGGAUAUUAUCAAUUUAUACGGAGAAAUUUCUGAUGAUGAUAACUAA